AGUUGCAAGAAAGUUUGUCAUAAAUUGACCACCUCAACACCUCUCCCAGCCCAGCAAAUUAUAUUGACUAAUUUUGAAAAUAAGAUUCAGUUGAUAGACCUAAUAUGUGAAGACUUCAGAUGUAGGGAGAAUGAUCUACAAGAAGUACAACAUAAACUUAUGAUCACAGGUUCAUCGGAUAUUCCAGUAGAAAUUCAUAGAAAUAACAUCAUGGACAGAGUGGAUUUGCGAACCACCCAUGAGGAAGCCGAUGUAAUUAUUCCUCGACAAGUUGUGCAGGCUAUAGAAGAGGGAGCUGUCUGUGUCAGGGUCAUAUGCGACCAUACUGAUGUGUUUGUUUUACUACUACAUGUAUAUUUGACUAUGAACCUUACAUGUACAGUCUUAAUGGAAAGCACAAGUGCAGACAGAACGAUUGUGGAUAUUGGUGCUACAACACAGAAAAACAAGGCAAUAAUUCCAAGUUUAUUGGCAGCCCAUGCGUUGUCCGGCUGUGACACAGUUGCUAGGCUAACUGGGAUUGGAAAAAUUAAGGUCAUCAAACAGUUAGAGAAAGGAUUACACCUUGAUCAUCUUGGUGUCAAGGAUGCAAGUUUUGAUCUUGUUUUGUCAGAAGCAACAUCAUUUAUUGCAGCGUGCUAUGGACGUUAUAACAAAGCUAGUAUGUCAGAUGUCAGAUAUGAAGUUUGGCUUUCCAAAUUAGGGAAGAAAAAUAUAAGAAAUAUGCCAAAACUACAAGCGUUGCCACCAACAACUGAGUCUUUCUUAGAAAAUGUCAAAAGAGCUCAUCUUCAAACAUGCAUUUGGAAAGCCACCUUAGAACAAGAUCCCCCAACAUUCAAUGUGCUUGAGUUUGGUUGGAAAAAAGAGGUAGUGGGCAAGGUUCUUUCACCCGUCCUAAUUGCCGAUGAUAAACCGUUAGCCCCAGCAAGUGUGUUGAAACUAGUAUCGUGUGGUUGUUCAUCUGAUCAACCUUGUGGAACAGCAAGGUGUAGGUGUUAUAGUGCACACCUGCCAUGCACCAUGUUUUGCAGCUGCCAUCAAACGUGCAACUGUGCGAACAGAUUAACAAAGGAGGCAGAUACUAAUAGUGACAGUGAAGCGGAGGACUGUGACAGUAAUGAUGAAACAUAACACAUAAAUAACAAAACACAAUAAAAAAAAGUAAGUUACUCUUUAUUAAUAAAUAACUGGUUGUUGUUGACAUGUGUAUGACGUUGUUAUGUAAUCCCUAUACUUUUUGUACUGUUUAGAACCGUAUAAUUGAGACAGUUCUAAUGUGGACCUGACCCAUAUGGUUUUAAUCAAAAUUAAAUUAGUUUAUGGUGUAGUAUUUACCUUAUUUUUAUAUGGAUUUUACACUUUGUCUGAUAUUGUGACCUCCAUUGUUUAAUUUCAGGUUUUUUGAAAUCAGAAUUUUGCAUUUGAAAUGAGGAAAUGAUUAAAAGAUAAAGGUUCAGACUCAAUAAAGAUAUGAUGACAGUUUGUUCGUGAAAAAUGUCGCGUUUUUCUCAAAAGCGGCCAUUUUUUCGGCCAUUUUUGAAUUUUGUUGGUGUAUUUACUUUGUUAUUAUUUAUUUAAUGUUCUAAUAGUAUCGUUCAACAACAAAAAACACUAACUUUGAGACAAAAUAAAGCAAAUACAUAAUUUGUUGGAAUAGUUUUGAUGAUUUCUUCAUUUGGGCGGCCAUCUUGGCGGCCAUCUUGGAUUUUUCAAAAUGCUCAACAAUGCCAGAGUGGCAUCCGAUGGAUUCUAAAUCAGGACAUAUUGUAGAACACGUUUAUGCAAAAACAUUUUAUGCGUACUAUAAAUCCAGGUAUUUUGCUUCACAUCCAGACUAAUGUGCAAAAAAGGUAAUGCAAGACCUCUUGGGAUGAUAUAUUAUAAGCAUUCUUGUGGAAUUAUUUUAUGAACAAUUUAUUUAGGAACAAUAUAACCUGAUUUUCUUUUUCUAAAAUGAUUUAUCUAAAUAUGUCUGUGUUUUUUACGAGGAUACAACCCUUUAAUAUGGAAAGAAGAACAGAACAAACCUCUUGUAACGACUCAAGAAGCAAAGAUAAAUCAAGCAAAAAAGAAAAGAUAAAAUAAGACUAGGUUUGGCUGCAUGAAGGUUAAGCAUUGGGAGAACAAACGAAAAUAUGAGAAGCUAAAAUACAACUAUGAUGCCUUCGUAGCUGCUAGGCUAGAGCAAAAGAAUGGAAUCAAAGGACAUUUUAGUGUUUUCUUUGGAACAGAAAUCAGAUUGAAAUACAUUUAUUUUGAAAGUUAAGCAAAUUUGGCCUGGAAGAGAUGACUGUUUACAGGAAUCAAUAGAUGCCAUAUUGUUUAUAGCGCACAACAUCCAGAGAUAUUAUUGAAAGUGGACUUCGCAAAUUCAAAUUCAGGGCAAACAUUACUUAAAGCUUAAACUUCUCUGUGAUUAUCUUUUUUACACUGAAAUGUUUGGAAAGUUUUCCGCACAUUAUUUGGUAAUGCUUAUUGCUGCAUAAUGAAAUUCUGGAUUAUAUUAAUUUGAAACUCUAUACAGGUGUGCCAAUUCAUAUGAGAUGCCAAACUCAUAAUGUCAGAUUAGUCUUCUUUGACUUGUAUGUGCCCAGCACUGAGAAUUGUCAAACUACACGUCUCCUGGACAGCUAUUGUUACCCCAUGUGUAGUGUCUGUAACCAACUCAGAUCAUGUACACAAAAAACGUGUUUUAACUAAAAUUCUAACAGAUCAAAAAUCAUUUGAUAUAAUGUUAAAGUCACUGUUUUUAUGUAAACUUGCUUUUAUAGUGCAUUUUUUAAUGAUUUAUGCCAUUCUGCAACUAUUUUUGGAAUCAUAUAUUUUGGUAGUGUCUGUAACCAAACUUAUGAGCAUGCAAUUCUACCUUUUAUGAAAACUUAUGCUUUUUCAAACCAAUCGUUUUGAUUUAUUUUGUUUGAAUAUACUUCCUGGUUUCAGACAAAUGCCUAAUUAGCUAUCUUGUGGGUCUAUAAUACAAGUUAUAGAAAAGUUUCUUGCUUGGUUCUCUUUUGGUCUGAUACCUGAUUAAUUAAUGCUUUGAUUUUUUUUGUUAAGAUAGUAAUCACUUUAGUUUUUUUGCUUUAUUUCAACAGUUUAUAACCUGUAGUUGAUGUUAAAGUGAAAAUAUCUGAAGUUUUGAAGUUCUGCUAUGUUUUUCUUGCAUGUUAUAUGACUAGUGUAGUGUCUGUAACUUGUAUUAUACCGUAGGAUGAAAAUGUUAGAUAAAAAAGUAAUGCAUGCAUGAUCAAAUAAAAUUCAACUUGAUUUGAGUAGGGGAUACCUUGAGCUUUAAUAAUAACACCAAGGAAAUGCUGUAUCUACAAUUUCAUUUUUUUGAGUAAGUGAGACUACUUUCAGCACCAAUACCGUGUUUUAGCCGAAAACAAAUGAAACACGGAAAAAAACGUUAUAUUAGCGAAACUCAGUUGGUAUUGGUUGGGCGGCCGGGCGGUCGCUCGUUCAGUUGUUUAAAACAUGUUGCAUUAAGAUGUCGUAUUCCAUUUAAUAAUUGUAAAAGUUCUGAGAAAAUCUUGUUGACACUUUGCAUAAAUACUCCUGAGAUAUACAACUACGAAAUACCUAAAAAAAAUGAUGCAUAAUCAAUGCAUAAAUGGAUUUUCUAAGGAAAUAUCCAAACGCAAUUGCUCCUUCCGCCAACAGCUAUAAAAUGCGGUUCACGUGGUUCUGUGAUAAGCGUAUGCAAUGGGUUCCGCUCUACUGCACAAAAUUCUCGCUAGAUUGCGCUUAAGCAUUGUAUUACUAUCAUAUUUUCUAAAUAUCUUCGACAAUUGUAAUAAAACUUCACGAAAAAGUACCAUUGAUGGUUCUUUACCAAAUAUGGGGAAAGUGUAACCAUUCCAUACACAUUUUUUAGAUUUGUUUUUCAAAUAAUUUCACAAAAAUGUUUGUUAAGUGGUUUUAUACCAAAUUUACUAAAAAUAGCUCCGCUUCAUAACACAAAGUUGUCGAUCAAGACAAAAUAAAUUUUGCAUAUAAGUUUGACACUCAUGUAAUACUAUCGGAAGUUCUUUAAAUUUUUAUGAAAGUAGGUAUUGGUACAAAUUGGUUAAAUGCCACAAACAUCUAAACUUGUCUUGUUCUUGUUGAUACUUUUGGUGAGCUCACAGAAGAAGGUUAACAUAGAAUGCAACUCUAAAAUAGUGUCAUAUUCACCUAUUUAGUUACUUUUCCCCCACCAAGUUAUAGCAGGUCCGCAUUUUAUUUAUGCUUUAUGUAUGCAAUCGCUGUUAUGUUACUAUCAUAUGCUUCAAUGGCAAUUAAUGUCGUUAGUGUCUUGAAUAAAUACAUACUUUGUAAAAGCUGUUUAUAUACUUUUAUGAACGAUCUUCAUUCAUAAGUUAGAGCAAAUUAAUUUUGACUUUAGAACAUCAACAAGAUAAGUCUUAACA